CCCCAGCAGCCAAUGCGGUGUCUACUCUUUAUUAUGUCUAUGUUUGUAAGUAGGUAAACUCAGUGUUAAUGGAUAAUUUUCCGAGUGACGAAAUAAAACAGCAAAUCCAGUGACAACCGCUGGGUCUUUCGGUACAUACGGAUGUUAACUAAAUCGUAUUUUAUUGUUAGUCCUUAGCUUAGCUAGUCUAAUCAAGCUUGCUAGUUAUCUUCUGUUGGGCAGAGUACUGUUUAGAAAAGAUAGGGCGAACUCCAAUAGUGACCCCAGAUACCAGUGAAUUCUGGGGGUUUCCUCUGCGUGUUACUGAAGAAACGUCGACUGGAACAUUCGCUCCGCACAACCACAAGAGAGGACUUCGCAUUGGUUCCCCAGUCCGUGUUAUGGAGGACGACCAGGCCUGCACCGUCUCAUGUAUGGGUCUGGUGUGGUCUUUAUUUUAUCAGAUGGAGGAGAAACCCAACCUGCUGCUCUCCUUCCACACUGAGAUCAAACAAGAGUCACUGGAUUCAGAGAUGACAUCAGUGAAGCAGGAAGACUGCAUUCAAACACUGGGAUUAAAUGAUAUUAAAGAUGAAGAGGAGGAGAUUGAGGAUUUAAUUAAUCAGGAUGGGAUUCCAGAAGUGGAGACAUUUUCUACAUUUGGAGAGAAACAACACAAAGACUACAAAGUGAAGAAGUCUUACCACUGCUCCCAUUGUGAAAAAAGUUUUCUAUCUAUAUCACAGUUGAAACUUCAUUUUAUCAUCCAUGCGGGAGAGAAGAAAUACUCCUGUUCUGACUGUGAGAAGCGUUUCAGUACAGCAGUUAUACUUGCUCGACAUCAGAGAGUGCACACAGGAGAGAAGCCUUACCACUGUACCUAUUGUGGAAAUAAUUUCUCUUCAUCAGGUUACCUAAAAGUUCACCAGCGCAUACAUACUGGCGAGAAACCUUACUCCUGUUCUGACUGUGGAAAGAAAUUCUCUUGGUUAGGCAGCCUAAAAACGCACCAACACAUACAUAGUGGAGAGAAACCUUACUCAUGUUCCGCCUGUUGGAAGAGUUUCCUUACAUCAUCUGAAUUUAGUGUUCAUUGGAGAACGCACACCGGAGAGAAGCCUUACUCCUGUUCUGACUGUGGGAAGAGUUUCACUCGAUUAGGCACCCUUAAAUCUCACCAGCGCAUACAUACCGGAAUGAAGCCUUACUUCUGUUCUGACUGUGGGAUGAGUUUCUCUCGAUUAGGCACCCUUCAAUAUCACCAGCGAAUACAUACUGGAAUGAAGCCUUACUCCUGUUCUGACUGUGGGAAGAGUUUCUCUCGAUUAGGCAGCCUUAAAUCUCACCAGCGCAUACAUACUGGAAUGAAGCCUUACUCCUGUUCUGACUGUGGGAAGAGUUUCUCUCGAUUAGGCAACCUUAAAUCUCACCAGCGCAUACAUACUAAAGAUUAGACUUACUCCUUUUCUAGAGAAUAACCCCACUUCCCUUCUGAAUGUAGGAAGUGGUUCAUGACAUCAUCUAAACUUACUAUUCAUUGUAGAGUACAUCAUAGAGUACUCACAGAAGAAAAGAUAUGCAUCUUUUCUGCUGGGGGAAGAGUUUUUCAUAACCAAAGAACUUGUUGAAAAGAGAUUAAAUGCUUUGGAGACAGUCAGAUACUGUAGAACAAGAGACUGG